AUGGUAGCCGCCGCCGGGUCCGCGUCCUCCACCCCGCUGCUGCUGCUGCUGCUGCUGAGCACGUGCGCGGCCCCCGCUACACUCUUCCUCAGCGGGCGCCGCCUGCUGGGACUCCGCUCUGCCGCGCCCAGCGCCGGCCACGCCACCCACGCCCCACCCACCACCACCCCUCCCGGAGCCGCCCCCACGCCUUUCGCGGCAAGGUCCGCCCCUCCAGAGCGCCGCAGAGCAGUUGGUGCACACAGCGCUGCUACUGCUACUAUUGUUGUCGCUGUCCUCCCGCAGAGGGCGCCACCUGCUGGGACGACGCGUCCGCCGCCCCCGGCGCCGGCCACGCCACCCACGCCCCACCCACCACCACCCCUCCCGGAGCCGCCCCCACCCCUUUCGCGGCAACGUCCGCCCCUCCAGAGCGCCGCAGAGCAGUUGGUGCACACAGCGCUGCUACUGCUACUAUUGUUGUCGCUGUCCUCCCGCAGAGGGCGCCGCCUGCUGGGACGACGCGUCCGCCACCCCCUGCGCCGGCCACGCCACCCACGCCCCACCCACCACCACCCCUCCCGGAGCCGCCCCCACCCCUUUCGCGGCAACAUCCGCCCCUCCAGAGCGCCGCAGAGCAGUUGGUGCACACAGCGCUGCUACUGCUACUAUUGUUGUCGCUGUCCUCCCGCAGAGGGCGCCACCUGCUGGGACGACGCGUCCGCCACCCCCGGCGCCGGCCACGCCACCCACGCCCCACCCACCACCACCCCUCCCGGAGCCGCCCCCACCCCUUUCGCGGCAACGUCCGCCCCUCCAGAGCGCCGCAGAGCAGUUGGUGCACACAGCGCUGCUACUGCUACUAUUGUUGUCGCUGUCCUCCCGCAGAGGGCGCCGCCUGCUGCGACGACGCGUCCGCCACCCCCUGCGCCGGCCACGCCACCCACGCCCCACCCACCACCACCCCUCCCGGAGCCACCCCACCCCUUUCGCGGUAAGGUCCGCCCUCCAGAGCGCCGCAGAGCAGUUGGUGCACACAGCGCUGCUACUGCUACUAUUGUUGUCGCUGUCCUCCCGCAGAGGGCGCCGCCUGCUGGGACGACGCGUCCGCCGCCCCCUGCGCCGGCCACGCCACCCACGCCCCACCCACCACCACCCCUCCCGGAGCCACCCCACCCCUUUCGCGGUAAGGUCCGCCCUCCAGAGCGCCGCAGAGCAGUUGGUGCACACAGCGCUGCUACUGCUACUAUUGUUGUCGCUGUCCUCCCGCAGAGGGCGCCGCCUGCUGGGACGACGCGUCCGCCACCCCCGGCGCCGGCCACGCCACCCACGCCCCACCCACCACCACCCCUCCCGGAGCCACCCCACCCCUUUCGCGGUAAGGUCCGCCCUCCAGAGCGCCGCAGAGCAGUUGGUGCACACAGCGCUGCUACUGCUACUAUUGUUGUCGCUGUCCUCCCGCAGAGGGCGCCGCCUGCUGGGACGACGCGUCCGCCGCCCCCUGCGCCGGCCACGCCACCCACGCCCCACCCACCACCACCCCUCCCGGAGCCACCCCACCCCUUUCGCGAGGGCGCCGCCUGCUGGGACGACGCGUCCGCCCCCCCCUGCGCCGGCCACGCCACCCACGCCCCACCCACCACCACCCCUCCCGGAGCCGCCCCCACCCCUUUCGCGAGGGCGCCGCCUGCUGGGACGACGCGUCCGCCGCCCCCUGCGCCGGCCACGCCACCCACGCCCCACCCACCACCACCCCUCCCGGAGCCACCCCACCCCUUUCGCAGUAAGGUCCGCCCUCCAGAGCGCCGCAGAGCAGUUGGUGCACACAGCGCUGCUACUGCUACUAUUGUUGUCGCUGUCCUCCCGCAGAGGGCGCCGCCUGCUGGGACGACGCGUCCGCCACCCCCGGCGCCGGCCACGCCACCCACGCCCCACCCACCACCACCCCUCCCGGAGCCACCCCACCCCUUUCGCGAGGGCGCCGCCUGCUGGGACGAUGCGUCCGCCACACCCGGCGCCGGCCACGCCACCCACGCCCCACCCACCACCACUCCUCCCGGAGCCACCCCACCCCUUUCGCGGCAAGAGGGCGCCGCCUGCUGGGACGACGCGUCCGCCACCCCCGGCGCCGGCCACGCCACCCACGCCCCACCCACCACCACCCCUCCCGGAGCCACCCCACCCCUUUCGCGAGGGCGCCGCCUGCUGGGACGAUGCGUCCGCCACCCCCGGCGCCGGCCACGCCACCCACGCCCCACCCACCACCACUCCUCCCGGAGCCACCCCACCCCUUUCGCGGCAAGGUCCGCACCUCCAGAGCGCCGCAGAGCAGUUGGUGCACACAGCGCUGCUACUGCUACUAUUGUUGUCGCUGUCCUCCCGCAGAGGGCGCCGCCUGCUGGGACGACGCGUCCGCCUCCCCCGGCGCCGGCCACGCCACCCACGCCCCACCCACCACCACCCCUCCCGGAGCCACCCCACCCCUUUCGCGGUAAGGUCCGCCCUCCAGAGCGCCGCAGAGCAGUUGGUGCACACAGCGCUGCUACUGCUACUAUUGUUGUUGCUGUCCUCCCGCAGAGGGCGCCGCCUGCUGGGACGACGCGUCCGCCACCCCCGGCGCCGGCCACGCCACCCACGCCCCACCCACCACCACCCCUCCCGGAGCCACCCCACCCCUUUCGCGGUAAGGUCCGCCCUCCAGAGCGCCGCAGAGCAGUUGGUGCACACAGCGCUGCUACUGCUACUAUUGUUGUCGCUGUCCUCCCGCAGAGGGCGCCGCCUGCUGGGACGACGCGUCCGCCACCCCCGGCGCCGGCCACGCCACCCACGCCCCACCCACCACCACCCCUCCCGGAGCCACCCCACCCCUUUCGCGGUAAGGUCCGCCCUCCAGAGCGCCGCAGAGCAGUUGGUGCACACAGCGCUGCUACUGCUACUAUUGUUGUCGCUGUCCUCCCGCAGAGGGCGCCGCCUGCUGGGACGAUGCGUCCGCCACCCCCGGCGCCGGCCACGCCACCCACGCCCCACCCACCACCACUCCUCCCGGAGCCACCCCACCCCUUUCGCGGCAAGGUCCGCACCUCCAGAGCGCCGCAGAGCAGUUGGUGCACACAGCGCUGCUACUGCUACUAUUGUUGUCGCUGUCCUCCCGCAGAGGGCGCCGCCUGCUGGGACGACGCGUCCGCCACCCCCGGCGCCGGCCACGCCACCCACGCCCCACCCACCACCACCCCUCCCGGAGCCACCCCACCCCUUUCGCGAGGGCGCCGCCUGCUGGGACGACGCGUCCGCCACCCCCGGCGCCGGCCACGCCACCCACGCCCCACCCACCACCACCCCUCCCGGAGCCACCCCACCCCUUUCGCGAGGGCGCCGCCUGCUGGGAAGAUGCGUCCGCCGCCCCCUGCGCCGGCCACGCCACCCACGCCCCACCCACCACCACCCCUCCCGGAGCCACCCCACCCCUUUCGCGAGGGCGCCGCCUGCUGGGACGACGCGUCCGCCGCCCCCUGCGCCGGCCACGCCACCCACGCCCCACCCACCACCACCCCUCCCGGAGCCACCCCACCCCUUUCGCGAGGGCGCCGCCUGCUGGGACGACGCGUCCGCCACCCCCGGCGCCGGCCACGCCACCCACGCCCCACCCACCACCACUCCUCCCGGAGCCACCCCACCCCUUUCGCGGCAAGGUCCGCACCUCCAGAGCGCCGCAGAGCAGUUGGUGCACACAGCGCUGCUACUGCUACUAUUGUUGUCGCUGUCCUCCCGCAGAGGGCGCCGCCUGCUGGGACGACGCGUCCGCCACCCCCGGCGCCGGCCACGCCACCCACGCCCCACCCACCACCACCCCUCCCGGAGCCACCCCACCCCUUUCGCGGUAAGGUCCGCCCUCCAGAGCGCCGCAGAGCAGUUGGUGCACACAGCGCUGCUACUGCUACUAUUGUUGUCGCUGUCCUCCCGCAGAGGGCGCCGCCUGCUGGGACGACGCGUCCGCCACCCCCGGCGCCGGCCACGCCACCCACGCGCCACCCACCACCACUCCUCCCGGAGCCACCCCACCCCUUUCGCGGUAAGGUCCGCCCUCCAGAGCGCCGCAGAGCAGUUGGUGCACACAGCGCUGCUACUGCUACUAUUGUUGUCGCUGUCCUCCCGCAGAGGGCGCCGCCUGCUGGGACGACGCGUCCGCCACCCCCGGCGCCGGCCACGCCACCCACGCCCCACCCACCACCACCCCUCCCGGAGCCACCCCACCCCUUUCGCGGUAAGGUCCGCCCUCCACAGCGCCGCAGAGCAGUUGGUGCACACAGCGCUGCUACUGCUACUAUUGUUGUCGCUGUCCUCCCGCAGAGGGCGCCGCCUGCUGGGACGACGCGUCCGCCACCCCCGGCGCCGGCCACGCCACCCACGCCCCACCCACCACCACCCCUCCCGGAGCCACCCCACCCCUUUCGCGGUAAGGUCCGCCCUCCAGAGCGCCGCAGAGCAGUUGGUGCACACAGCGCUGCUACUGCUACUAUUGUUGUCGCUGUCCUCCCGCAGAGGGCGCCGCCUGCUGGGACGACGCGUCCGCCACCCCCGGCGCCGGCCACGCCACCCACGCCCCACCCACCACCACCCCUCCCGGAGCCACCCCACCCCUUUCGCGGUAAGGUCCGCCCUCCAGAGCGCCGCAGAGCAGUUGGUGCACACAGCGCUGCUACUGCUACUAUUGUUGUCGCUGUCCUCCCGCAGAGGGCGCCGCCUGCUGGGACGACGCGUCCGCCACCCCCGGCGCCGGCCACGCCACCCACGCCCCACCCACCACCACCCCUCCUGGAGCCACCCCACCCCUUUCGCGGUAAGGUCCGCCCUCCAGAGCGCCGCAGAGCAGUUGGUGCACACAGCGCUGCUACUGCUACUAUUGUUGUCGCUGUCCUCCCGCAGAGGGCGCCGCCUGCUGGGACGACGCGUCCGCCACCCCCGGCGCCGGCCACGCCACCCACGCCCCACCCACCACCACCCCUCCCGGAGCCACCCCACCCCUUUCGCGGUAAGGUCCGCCCUCCAGAGCGCCGCAGAGCAGUUGGUGCACACAGCGCUGCUACUGCUACUAUUGUUGUCGCUGUCCUCCCGCAGAGGGCGCCGCCUGCUGGGACGACGCGUCCGCCACCCCCGGCGCCGGCCACGCCACCCACGCCCCACCCACCACCACCCCUCCCGGAGCCACCCCACCCCUUUCGCGAGGGCGCCGCCUGCUGGGACGACGCGUCCGCCACCCCCGGCGCCGGCCACGCCACCCACGCCCCACCCACCACCACUCCUCCCGGAGCCACCCCACCCCUUUCGCGGCAAGAGGGCGCCGCCUGCUGGGACGACGCGUCCGCCACCCCCGGCGCCGGCCACGCCACCCACGCCCCACCCACCACCACUCCUCCCGGAGCCACCCCACCCCUUUCGCGGCAAGGUCCGCACCUCCAGAGCGCCGCAGAGCAGUUGAGGGCGCCGCCUGCUGGGACGACGCGUCCGCCACCCCCGGCGCCGGCCACGCCACCCACGCCCCACCCACCACCACCCCUCCCGGAGCCACCCCACCCCUUUCGCGAGGGCGCCGCCUGCUGGGAAGACGCGUCCGCCGCCCCCUGCGCCGGCCACGCCACCGACGCCCCACCCACCACCACCCCUCCCGGAGCCACCCCACCCCUUUCGCGAGGGCGCCGCCUGCUGGGACGACGCGUCCGCCACCCCCGGCGCCGGCCACGCCACCCACGCCCCACCCACCACCACUACUCCCGGAGCCACCCCACCCCUUUCGCGGCAAGGUCCGCACCUCCAGAGCGCCGCAGAGCAGUCGGUGCACACAGCGCUGCUACUGCUACUAUUGUUGUCGCUGUCCUCCCGCAGAGGGCGCCGCCUGCUGGGACGACGCGUCCGCCACCCCCGGCGCCGGCCACGCCACCCACGCCCCACCCACCACCACCCCUCCCGGAGCCACCCCACCCCUUUCGCGGUAAGGUCCGCCCUCCAGAGCGCCGCAGAGCAGUUGGUGCACACAGCGCUGCUACUGCUACUAUUGUUGUCGCUGUCCUCCCGCAGAGGGCGCCGCCUGCUGGGACGACGCGUCCGCCACCCCCGGCGCCGGCCACGCCACCCACGCCCCACCCACCACCACUCCUCCCGGAGCCACCCCACCCCUUUCGCGGUAAGGUCCGCCCUCCAGAGCGCCGCAGAGCAGUUGGUGCACACAGCGCUGCUACUGCUACUAUUGUUGUCGCUGUCCUCCCGCAGAGGGCGCCGCCUGCUGGGACGACGCGUCCGCCACCCCCGGCGCCGGCCACGCCACCCACGCCCCACCCACCACCACCCCUCCCGGAGCCACCCCACCCCUUUCGCGGUAAGGUCCGCCCUCCAGAGCGCCGCAGAGCAGUUGGUGCACACAGCGCUGCUACUGCUACUAUUGUUGUCGCUGUCCUCCCGCAGAGGGCGCCGCCUGCUGGGACGACGCGUCCGCCGCCCCCGGCGCCGGCCACGCCACCCACGCCCCACCCACCACCACCCCUCCCGGAGCCACCCCACCCCUUUCGCGGUAAGGUCCGCCCUCCAGAGCGCCGCAGAGCAGUUGGUGCACACAGCGCUGCUACUGCUACUAUUGUUGUCGCUGUCCUCCCGCAGAGGGCGCCGCCUGCUGGGACGACGCGUCCGCCACCCCCGGCGCCGGCCACGCCACCCACGCCCCACCCACCACCAUCCCUCCCAGAGCCACCCCACCCCUUUCGCGGUAAGGUCCGCCCUCCAGAGCGCCGCAGAGCAGUUGGUGCACACAGCGCUGCUACUGCUACUAUUGUUGUCGCUGUCCUCCCGCAGAGGGCGCCGCCUGCUGGGACGACGCGUCCGCCACCCCCGGCGCCGGCCACGCCACCCACGCCCCACCCACCACCACUCCUCCCGGAGCCACCCCACCCCUUUCGCGGUAAGGUCCGCCCUCCAGAGCGCCGCAGAGCAGUUGGUGCACACAGCGCUGCUACUGCUACUAUUGUUGUCGCUGUCCUCCCGCAGAGGGCGCCGCCUGCUGGGACGACGCGUCCGCCACCCCCGGCGCCGGCCACGCCACCCACGCCCCACCCACCACCACCCCUCCUGGAGCCACCCCACCCCUUUCGCGGUAAGGUCCGCCCUCCAGAGCGCCGCAGAGCAGUUGGUGCACACAGCGCUGCUACUGCUACUAUUGUUGUCGCUGUCCUCCCGCAGAGGGCGCCGCCUGCUGGGACGACGCGUCCGCCACCCCCGGCGCCGGCCACGCCACCCACGCCCCACCCACCACCACCCCUCCCGGAGCCACCCCACCCCUUUCGCGGUAAGGUCCGCCCUCCAGAGCGCCGCAGAGCAGUUGGUGCACACAGCGCUGCUACUGCUACUAUUGUUGUCGCUGUCCUCCCGCAGAGGGCGCCGCCUGCUGGGACGACGCGUCCGCCACCCCCGGCGCCGGCCACGCCACCCACGCCCCACCCACCACCACCCCUCCCGGAGCCACCCCACCCCUUUCGCGAGGGCGCCGCCUGCUGGGACGACGCGUCCGCCACCCCCGGCGCCGGCCACGCCACCCACGCCCCACCCACCACCACUCCUCCCGGAGCCACCCCACCCCUUUCGCGGCAAGGUCCGCACCUCCAGAGCGCCGCAGAGCAGUUGAGGGCGCCGCCUGCUGGGACGACGCGUCCGCCACCCCCGGCGCCGGCCACGCCACCCACGCCCCACCCACCACCACCCCUCCCGGAGCCACCCCACCCCUUUCGCGGUAAGGUCCGCCCUCCAGAGCGCCGCAGAGCAGUUGGUGCACACAGCGCUGCUACUGCUACUAUUGUUGUCGCUGUCCUCCCGCAGAGGGCGCCGCCUGCUGGGACGACGCGUCCGCCACCCCCGGCGCCGGCCACGCCACCCACGCCCCACCCACCACCACUCCUCCCUGAGCCACCCCACCCCUUUCGCGAGGGCGCCGCCUGCUGGGACGACGCGUCCGCCACCCCCGGCGCCGGCCACGCCACAGGCGCCGCCUGCCGGGACGACACGUCCGCCGCCCCCGGCGCCGGCCACGCCACCAACGCCCCACCCACCACCACCCCUCCCGGAGCCGCCCCCACCCGUUUCGCGGCAAGGUCCGCCCCUCCAGAGCGCCGCAGAGCAGUUGGUGCACACAGCGCUGCUACUGCUACUAUUGUUGUCGCUGUCCUCCCGCAGAGGGCGCCGCCUGCUGGGACGACGCGUCCGCCACCCCCGGCGCCGGCCACGCCACCCACGCCCCACCCAGCACCACUCCUCCCGGAGCCACCCCACCCCUUUCGCGAGGGCGCCGCCUGCUGGGACGACGCGUCCGCCACCCCCGGCGCCGGCCACGCCACCCACGCCCCACCCACCACCACUCCUCCCGGAGCCACCCCACCCCUUUCGCGGGCGCCGCCUGCUGGGACGACGCGUCCGCCACCCCCGGCGCCGGCCACGCCACCCACGCCCCACCCACCACCACUCCUCCCGGAGCCACCCCACCCCUUUCGCGAGGGCGCCGCCUGCUGGGACGACGCGUCCGCCACCCCCGGCGCCGGCCACGCCACCCACGCCCCACCCACCACCACCCCUCCCGGAGCCACCCCACCCCUUUCGCGAGGCGCCGCCUGCCGGGACGACGCGUCCGCCGCCCCCGGCGCCGGCCACGCCACCAACGCCCCACCCACCACCACCCCUCCCGGAGCCGCCCCCACCCGUUUCGCGGCAAGAGGCGCCGCCUGCUGGGACGACGCGUCCGCCGCCCCCGGCGCCGGCCACGCCACCAACGCCCCACCCACCACCACCCCUCCCGGAGCCGCCCCCACCCGUUUCGGGGCAAGGUCCGCUCCUCCAGAGCGCCGCGGAGCAGUUGGUGCACACAGCGCUGCUACUGCUACUAUUGUUGUCGCUGUCCUCCCGCAGAGGGCGCCGCCUGCUGGGACGGCGCGUCCGCCACCCCCGGCGCCGGCCACGCCACCCACGCCCCACCCACCACCACCCCUCCCGGAGCCGCCCCCACCCCUUUCGCGGCAAGAGGGCGCCGCCUGCUGGGACGACGCGUCCGCCGCCCCCGGCGCCGGCCACGCCACCCACGCCCCACCCCCACCACCACCCCUCCCGGAGCCGCCCCCACCCCUUUCGCGGCAAGAGGGCGCCGCCUGCUGGGACGACGCGUCCGCCGCCCCCUGCGCCGGCCACGCCACCCACGCCCCACCCACCACCACCCCUCCCGGAGCCGGCCCCACCCCUUUCGCGGCAAGGUCCGCCCCUCCAGAGCGCCGCAGAGCAGUUGAGGGCGCCGCCUGCUGGGACGACGCGUCCGCCGCCCCCUGCGCCGGCCACGCCACCCACGCCCCACCCACCACCACCACUCCCGGAGCCGCCCCCACCCCUUUCGCGGUAAGGUCCGCCUCUCCAGAGCGCCGCAGAGCAGUUGGUGCACACAGCGCUGCUACUGCUACUAUUGUUGUCGCUGUCCUCCCGCAGAGGGCGCCGCCUGCUGGGACGACGCGUCCGCCACCCCCGGCGCCGGCCACGCCACCCACGCCCCACCCACCACCACCCCUCCCGGAGCCACCCCACCCCUUUCGCGAGGGCGCCGCCUGCUGGGACGACGCGUCCGCCACCCCUGGCGCCAGCCACGCCACCCACGCCCCACCCACCACCACCCCUCCCGGAGCCGGCCCCACCCCUUUCGCGAGGGCGCCGCCUGCUGGGACGACGCGUCCGCCACCCCCGGCGCCGGCCACGCCACCCACGCCCCACCCACCACCACCCCUCCCGGAGCCACCCCACCCCUUUCGCGAGGGCGCCGCCUGCUGGGACGACGCGUCCGCCGCCCCCUGCGCCGGCCACGCCACCCACGCCCCACCCACCACCACCCCUCCCGGAGCCGGCCCCACCCCUUUCGCGGCAAGGUCCGCCCCUCCAGAGCGCCGCAGGGCAGUUGAGGGCGCCGCCUGCUGGGACGACGCGUCCGCCGCCCCCUGCGCCGGCCACGCCACCCACGCCUCACCCACCACCACCCCUCCCGGAGCCGGCCCCACCCCUUUCGCGGCAAGGUCCGCCCUCCAGAGCGCCGCAGAGCAGUUGAGGGCGCCGCCUGCUGGGACGACGCGUCCGCCACCCCCGGCGCCGGCCACGCCACCCACGCCCCACCCACCACCACCCCUCCCGGAGCCACCCCACCCCUUUCGCGAGGGCGCCGCCUGCUGGGACGACGCGUCCGCCGCCCCCUGCGCCGGCCACGCCACCCACGCCCCACCCACCACCACCCCUCCCGGAGCCGGCCCCACCCCUUUCGCGGCAAGGUCCGCCCCUCCAGAGCGCCGCAGAGCAGUUGGUGCACACAGCGCUGCUACUGCUACUAUUGUUGUCGCUGUCCUCCCGCAGAGGGCGCCGCCUGCUGGGACGACGCGUCCGCCACCCCCUGCGCCGGCCACGCCACCCACGCCCCACCCACCACCACCCCUCCCGGAGCCGGCCCCACCCCUUUCGCGGCAAGAGGGCGCCGCCUGCUGGGACGACGCGUCCGCCACCCCCGGCGCCGGCCACGCCACCCACGCCCCACCCACCACCACCCCUCCCGGAGCCGGCCCCACCCCUUUCGCGGUAAGGUCCGCCCUCCAGAGCGCCGCAGAGCAGUUGGUGCACACAGCGCUGCUACUGCUACUAUUGUUGUCGCUGUCCUCCCGCAGAGGGCGCCGCCUGCUGGGACGACGCGUCCGCCGCCCCCUGCAGGGCGCCGCCUGCUGGGACGACGCGUCCGCCACCCCCGGCGCCGGCCACGCCACCCACGCCCCACCCACCACCACCCCUCCCGGAGCCGGCCCCACCCCUUUCGCGAGGGCGCCGCCUGCUGGGACGACGCGUCCGCCACCCCCGGCGCCGGCCACGCCACCCACGCCCCACCCACCACCACCCCUCCCGGAGCCACCCCACCCCUUUCGCGAGGGCGCCGCCUGCUGGGACGACGCGUCCGCCGCCCCCUGCGCCGGCCACGCCACCCACGCCCCACCCACCACCACCCCUCCCGGAGCCGGCCCCACACCUUUCGCGGCAAGGUCCGCCCCUCCAGAGCGCCGCAGAGCAGUUGAGGGCGCCGCCUGCUGGGACGACGCGUCCGCCGCCCCCUGCGCCGGCCACGCCACCCACGCCCCACCCACCACCACCCCUCCCGGAGCCGCCCCCACCCCUUUCGCGGGCGCCGCCUGCUGGGACGACGCGUCCGCCACCCCCGGCGCCGGCCACGCCACCCACGCCCCACCCACCACCACCCCUCCCGGAGCCGCCCCCACCCCUUUCGCGGGCGCCGCCUGCUGGGACGACGCGUCCGCCACCCCCGGCGCCGGCCACGCCACCCACGCCCCACCCACCACCACCCCUCCCGGAGCCGCCCCCACCCCUUUCGCGAGGGCGCCGCCUGCUGGGACGACGCGUCCGCCACCCCCGGCGCCGGCCACGCCACCCACGCCCCACCCACCACCACCCCUCCCGGAGCCGCCCCCACCCCUUUCGCGGCAAGAGGGCGCCGCCUGCUGGGACGACGCGUCCGCCACCCCCGGCGCCGGCCACGCCACCCACGCCCCACCCACCACCACCCCUCCCGGAGCCGCCCCCACCCCUUUCGCGAGGGCGCCGCCUGCUGGGACGACGCGUCCGCCACCCCCGGCGCCGGCCACGCCACCCACGCCCCACCCACCACCACCCCUCCCGGAGCCGCCCCCACCCCUUUCGCGGCAAGAGGGCGCCGCCUGCUGGGACGACGCGUCCGCCACCCCCGGCGCCGGCCACGCCACCCACGCCCCACCCACCUCCACCCCUCCCGGAGCCGCCCCCACCCCUUUCGCGAGGGCGCCGCCUGCUGGGACGACGCGUCCGCCACCCCCGGCGCCGGCCACGCCACCCACGCCCCACCCACCACCACCCCUCCCGGAGCCGCCCCCACCCCUUUCGCGGCAAGAGGGCGCCGCCUGCUGGGACGACGCGUCCGCCGCCCCCUGCGCCGGCCACGCCACCCACGCCCCACCCACCACCACCCCUCCCGGAGCCGGCCCCACCCCUUUCGCGGCAAGGUCCGCCCCUCCAGAGCGCCGCAGAGCAGUUGAGGGCGCCGCCUGCUGGGACGACGCGUCCGCCGCCCCCUGCGCCGGCCACGCCACCCACGCCCCACCCACCACCACCCCUCCCGGAGCCGCCCCCACCCCUUUCGCGGUAAGGUCCGCCUCUCCAGAGCGCCGCAGAGCAGUUGGUGCACACAGCGCUGCUACUGCUACUAUUGUUGUCGCUGUCCUCCCGCAGAGGGCGCCGCCUGCUGGGACGACGCGUCCGCCACCCCCGGCGCCGGCCACGCCACCCACGCCCCACCCACCACCACCCCUCCCGGAGCCACCCCACCCCUUUCGCGGUAAGGUCCGCCCUCCAGAGCGCCGCAGAGCAGUUGGUGCACACAGCGCUGCUACUGCUACUAUUGUUGUCGCUGUCCUCCCGCAGAGGGCGCCGCCUGCUGGGACGACGCGUCCGCCACCCCCGGCGCCGGCCACGCCACCCACGCCCCACCCACCACCACCCCUCCCGGAGCCACCCCACCCCUUUCGCGGUAAGGUCCGCCCUCCAGAGCGCCGCAGAGCAGUUGGUGCACACAGCGCUGCUACUGCUACUAUUGUUGUCGCUGUCCUCCCGCAGAGGGCGCCGCCUGCUGGGACGACGCGUCCGCCGCCCCCUGCGCCGGCCACGCCACCCACGCCCCACCCACCACCACCCCUCCCGGAGCCGGCCCCACCCCUUUCGCGGCAAGGUCCGCCCCUCCAGAGCGCCGCAGAGCAGUUGGUGCACACAGCGCUGCUACUGCUACUAUUGUUGUCGCUGUCCUCCCACAGAGGGCGCCGCCUGCUGGGACGACGCGUCCGCCACCCCCGGCGCCGCAACGCCACCCACGCCCCACCCACCACCACCCCUCCCGGAGCCACCCCACCCCUUUCGCGGCAAGGUCCGCCCUCCAGAGCGCCGCAGAGCAGUUGGUGCACACAGCGCUGCUACUGCUACUAUUGUUGUCGCUGUCCUCCCGCAGAGGGCGCCGCCUGCUGGGACGACGCGUCCGCCGCCCCUGCGCCGGCCACGCCACCCACGCCCCACCCACCACCACCCCUCCCGGAGCCGGCCCCACCCCUUUCGCGGCAAGGUCCGCCCCUCCAGAGCGCCGCUGAGCAGUUGGUGCACACAGCGCUGCUACUGCUACUAUUGUUGUCGCUGUCCUCCCGCAGAGGGCGCCGCCUGCUGGGACGACGCGUCCGCCGCCCCCUGCGCCGGCCACGCCACCCACGCCCCACCCACCACCACCCCUCCCGGAGCCGGCCCCACCCCUUUCGCGGCAAGGUCCGCCCCUCCAGAGCGCCGCAGAGCAGUUGGUGCACACAGCGCUGCUACUGCUACUAUUGUUGUCGCUGUCCUCCCGCAGAGGGCGCCGCCUGCUGGGACGACGCGUCCGCCACCCCCGGCGCCGGCCACGCCACCCAUGCCCCACCCACCACCACCCCUCCCGGAGCCACCCCACCCCUUUCGCGGCAAGGUCCGCCCUCCAGAGCGCCGCAGAGCAGUUGGUGCACACAGCGCUGCUACUGCUACUAUUGUUGUCGCUGUCCUCCCGCAGAGGGCGCCGCCUGCUGGGACGACGCGUCCGCCGCCCCCGGCGCCGGCCACGCCACCCACGCCCCACCCACCACCACUCCUCCCGGAGCCACCCCACCCCUUUCGCGGCAAGGUCCGCCCUCCAGAGCGCCGCAGAGCAGUUGGUGCACACAGCGCUGCUACUGCUACUAUUGUUGUCGCUGUCCUCCCGCAGAGGGCGCCGCCUGCUGGGACGACGCGUCCGCCGCCCCCGGCGCCGGCCACGCCACCCACGCCCCACCCACCACCACUCCUCCCGGAGCCACCCCACCCCUUUCGUGGCAAGGUCCGCCCUCCAGAGCGCCGCAGAGCAGUUGGUGCACACAGCGCUGCUACUGCUACUAUUGUUGUCGCUGUCCUCCCGCAGAGGGCGCCGCCUGCUGGGACGACGCGUCCGCCGCCCCCUGCGCCGGCCACGCCACCCACGCCCCACCCACCACCACCCCUCCCGGAGCCACCCCACGCCUUUCGCGGCAAGGUCCGCCCUCCAGAGCGCCGCAGAGCAGUUGGUGCACACAGCACUGCUACUGCUACUAUUGUUGUCGCUGUCCUCCCGCAGAGGGCGCCGCCUGCUGGGACGACGCGUCCGCCGCCCCCUGCGCCGGCCACGCCACCCACGCCCCACCCACCACCACCCCUCCCGGAGCCGGCCCCACCCCUUUCGCGGCAAGGUCCGCCCCUCCAGAGCGCCGCAGAGCAGUUGAGGGCGCCGCCUGCUGGGACGACGCGUCCGCCGCCCCCGGCACUUGCCGCAGGGUCCGCCACUGCCGCAGCGCGCUCGGCGCCAUCCUCGAGCGCCGGCCGCUGCCGCGCCGCUGCGGCUUCGUCGGUUUCGACGAGGUCGUCUGCUGCACGGACGAGCGGCGCGACGAGACGGGGCGCGACGAGUACGACGGCGGCGUCCCGGCCGACUGCUGGGAUCGGUACGACGACGGAGACGACGACGUGCGAGAUCCGUACUGGGACGCCGGUGACAACGACAUCUGGGCAGACGAGGGUCGCGCGGGGCUCGACGGGGAACGGCCCAGUGUGGCAGCCUGCCGCAAAUACAAAAACGAGCGGAGCGGCCCUGAGUUCUACAUUCUCCUAGGCAAACUGGUUGGCCAACUCGAAUUCCCACACAUGGCGGCGCUGGGCUACAGCGUGGCGGGCACCGAGGGCCUCAGCUGGCUGUGCGGAGGGACCCUCAUCAGCGACCGGUUCGUCCUCACCGCGGCCCACUGCUGCGCCAACAGGAUCACGGGCAGACCGGUGGCAGUACGCCUCGGGACGGUCGAUCUGACGUCCACAGGAGACUAUGACGCUCAGUACGGGAUCUCAGAGAUCGUGCUGCACCCCAGGUACAGGAAGCGGCAGUCCUACGGCGACAUAGCGCUGCUGAGGCUGGACAGGGGGGUGGAGUUCAGCGACGCCGUCUUCCCCGCCUGUCUCAACACGCAGGACGGAGACCCGCCGAGCUUCACUGCCGCCGGCUGGGGGGCCACGAACGCUGCCGGAACGCGGAUGAGCUCAACGCUUCUGAAGACCACAAUUUACCCAUUCCCGUUAUCGGACUGCCAAAACGCUUAUAAGGACAAAUUUCCAAAAGAAAUUGACUCAUCAAUAAUAUGUGCCGGAGAUCCAGAAGGAAAGACUGAUACCUGCGGGGGAGAUUCUGGAGGACCUCUGGUCAUGGGGAAGUCGGCACCUUACACGGUUGUAGGCAUCACUAGUAUGGGUCCAAAACCGUGUGGAGGUAAUGUGCCUAGUAUUUACACCCGUGUGUCCCAUUACAUUGACUGGAUAGAAGAUCACGUCUGGCCCUGACAUGAAAGCACAAACGUCAAGGAUUUCUCAAGCACGUUUACGGAUGUGUUGUCUCUUGCAUUCAAACUUUACCAAAGAUUUUUAAGUUUUAUGUCAUUAAUGUUUAAUGGCCCUCACUUGUUUUAAGUAGUUGUGUACCUUGAAGUUUCUGAACAUUGUUGACAAUAGAGUGCACUUAAGGUGUACUGCGUUACCUACGAAUUGCGUUACAGAACUUCUACGCUGUAGAACGUGUCAGAUUAAUACGUGUAGUACCAAGUACUCUGCAGUGACUGUGUUUACGCUGCUUUUACAUUCUCAAAAAUUAAUUGUUUUGAUGAAACUCAGCUUUAAAUGAACUGCGGUAAGAUGAACUGUUCAAAUUGGUACUGCCAUCUAAGUUAUCGUGCAGUGAAUAUAUUCACACUGAAGAUUCAAUGGUGAAAGAAGAUGAAAAGUGUUUAUUGCAAGUCAAAGACUGAUUACUGUCUGUGAUAGAUGUACCCAUUCACAUAAAUUAGUACGAGUAGGUUACAAAAAAAAGACUGAUAUUUAUUAUAUAAAACUGUGAUAUAUUUCCAGCAAGACAUUUCUGUUCCGUUAGAACUACUGGUAGUUUGU